UAGUGCUAGUCGCGGAUUGGAGGGAGAGAGCCAGGCCGGAUUGUAGGGCUGAUGGCGGCGUCGCUGGCGGGAAAGAAGAUCGUAUUCGUUACUGGAAAUGCCAAGAAGCUAGAAGAGGUGGUCCAGAUCCUUGGAGAGAAGUUCCCUUGUGAAUUGAUCCCACAGAAGAUUGACUUGCCAGAAUACCAGGGGGAACCGGACGAGAUUUCCAUCCAAAAAUGCCAGGAAGCAGCCAGACAGGUCCAGGGACCCGUCUUGGUGGAGGACACCUGCCUCUGCUUCAAUGCCUUGGGGGGCCUCCCUGGCCCUUACAUAAAAUGGUUUCUGGAAAAGUUAAAACCUGAAGGUCUCUACCGGCUCCUUGCAGGCUUUGAAGACAAGUCAGCUUAUGCGCUCUGCACAUUUGCACUCAGCACUGGCGGGCCAGAAGAUCCCGUACAGCUUUUCAGGGGCCAGACCUUUGGCCAGAUUGUGGAACCUCGAGGUUGUCGGGACUUUGGAUGGGAUCCUUGUUUCCAGCCUGAUGGCUAUGAGCAGACUUAUGCCGAGAUGCCCAAAGCUGUAAAGAAUACCAUCUCUCACCGAUUCCGAGCCCUUCAUGAGCUCCAGGAGUACUUUGUGCAGCGAUGCCCCCAGAGGCUCCAGGAGGGUGUACCGCAGCGAGGAGAAGGAGAGGGGGCAGCAUGAAGGCCCCCCUGGAUCAGGAUGGAGGGACAAGUUGGCAUUCCCAGAUUAAAGCAUUUAAUUGGC